CCCCGAAUCCUCUUCCUUCUACCAGUGAGUGACCAUGGCGUUCACGUUCGUGGGGAGUGCGGCCGCGGUGACACAGCUCAUCGGGCAGGCGGCCGGGCUCAUCUCCAUGAUCGGGCAGGCGGUGGAGACGGCACGCCAGAACAAGCUCGAGUGCGACCACCUCGAGCGCCACGUGUCCACGGUCCACGGGGUGCUGUCUAGCCUGCGGGACGACCCGGAGGCGGUGCCGCCGCUGGCUGAGCUCAUCAACACGCUGGAGGAGGCGCACCAGCUGGUCCUCAGCUGCCAGAGGCGAAGCACCGCCGACAGGUUCUUCCGGGCUGGCCGCCACGCGGACACGUUCCGUGACCUCAACGCCAGGAUUAUCUCCGACAUCAGCGUCCUCAGCCUCAGGCUGCUCACCCUGAUCGCCAACCACACCGGCGUGCCGGCGCCGGGCUCCAGCUCUGGCUCCCCGCACACUCAGAUGGUGCUGUCGCAUGUGAGCUCGUUCUCCAGCCAUUGCCCCAGGACGUUCACGUGGGCGGAGAUCGCGGUAGCGACCAACGACUUUGCCGACGAGCUCGGCGGAAGUUGCUCAUGGACGGUGUACAAGGGCCGCCUCCACGACGGCCCGGAGGUGGCCGUGAAGGUGAUGGACAAGCAGGGGCGGGAUGGCUUGGAGGACGCGUUCGUGCCGGUGCUCGUCAUCAGCUUCCGCCUCCGCCACGACCACAUCGUGCGCCUCGUUGGCUGGUGCGCGGAGGAGGACGACCGCAUGCUUGUCUACGAGCAUAUGAGCAACGGCACGCUUAGAGACCGCCUGCAGCGUGCCGGCGGUGGCUCUAGCUCGUCGGCAGCGACGGCGCCCUGGAGGACCCGCGUCGCAGUGCUGCUGGGCGUGUCCUGGGCCAUCCAGUACUUGCACUGUGGCGCGGAGCCAGUGGUCAUCCACCGCAACGUGAGCUCGUCCAACAUCCUCCUAGACAUGAACUGGACACCGCGCCUGUCCGGCUUCGGCGCGGCGGUGUAUCAAGCGGCGGGCGAGGAGCACGGCGGCCAGCUCGUCGAGGAGGUCGUCGGCACGCCCGGGUACAUCGACCCGGAGUACAGCCGCACGAAGCGCGUGAGCACGGCGAGCGACGUGUACAGCUUCGGGGUGGUGAUGCUAGAGGCGCUGACGGGCGAGGAUCCGGCAGCCACCCUGCAGCUGGACUCCAUACGGAACGGGAAGCUAGCGCUGAAGGAUGCGCUGGACCGUCGGCCGUCGCUGGACCCGACGCUGCCGCAGAUGGAGGCGCUGGAGAUCGUGGCGGACACGGCGAAGCGCUGCAUCUGCCUGUCGCGGAUGGGCCGGCCGGACAUGUCGAAGGUGGUGGCCAACCUCGAGGAGGCGCUCGUGGUGAUACGCAGCCAUGAGCCAAUGUCCAUGGCACGCUUAAGCCUCAUUCGACGGAGGACUAGUGAGAAUUAACUAAUUCUCAGUCAAACGGCGAAAAAUCAUUUGUAUC